AUGGACACGAAUACAGCUAUAUCAUCAUGGUACAAGAGCGGGAAGCAAGAUGACGGAUGUAUUGCGAAAGAAGCUUUUAGGGCUGUCCAGGAAUACUUCCAGCAGAGUGGUAUCUUGACACUUGAGGAGAAACCUUUAGUUACUGGGAGCCAUUCCAUGGAAGAACUUCAAGGCUUGGUGACCGCAACACUCGAAAAAUAUGAAGCAAUGAAGGCAUCGAGCACAAUGAGGAGGUGGCUUGAAAGAACGUCCGAGAUCAUCUGUCAUUACGGAACCAUCCUCGACGUCUUUGUUCAACAUCAUCCAGAGUAUGUGUCUCUGGCAUGGGGCGCUAUGAAACUGAUAUUUGGUAGGAAGAGCGUGGUCAACCAUGCGGAGACCCUGAAAAUCGUGGCCAAGUCCACCUGGGAGGUUGGCGUGCGACUUUCGCGAGUCAAAAUCUUUUCCACAAUAUACCCAACUGCCAAUAUGCGAGUCGCUGUUGAAAAUCUGUAUUCUUGCAUCUUGGAGUUUCUGCUGAUUGCCCACUCAUGGUGUAAAGAGUCUAAGCUUCGCCAUUUGGUCCACAGUGUUACGCGGCCGCACAAACUUCAGUACGAUGAUUUGCUACAGAGAAUCAAUGUUGCUUCUGACAACAUUACUGAACUGGCGGCAGUAGGCUCGCAAGCCGAGCUUCGUGUUAUGCACACAGCUCAUUCUGGAAAGCUGAAAAGUAUUCUAUCCGCCCUGGAGGAUGCUGAAAAGUCCCAUCAACAACAACUUGACGGUCUAACACAACUUGUUUCUGGAUUGAGAGUCUCAAAUGAGAGGCAUGAAAAGAGACUUGACAUUAUAGUGUCUCUCUUGGAAGCCUCGGGUCUGACACUAAAUGACCUCAUCACCAAGGUAGAAACCUUUCAGUCUAUCCAAACAAGCGCCCAGCUAGACACAAAUCAACGACUUUCAGAUCUCCAUCUAUCACACGUCUUGACCACUCUUUCGCCGACCUUCGAGGAUCCGGAAAAGUGUUACAAGUAUCACCUCAUGUGCCGAAACCGCAGAGUCUCCGGCCGAGGCGCAAACACCUCAACGAAUCAGUUUUGGUUAUCCCCCAGACUCACGAAAUGGUCGUUAAGCCAUCGUUCUUCCUUAGCUAUCAUCAAAGGCUCCUUUAUCGUGCGUUCUGCGAUGGUAGACUUCGGGAUUGACAUCAUCCAGACUUUGGAGUCAGCUAGGGUGCCGACUCUGUGGGCAUUGCCUAGCCUAGACAAAUCGACCCAUGCUUCUAUGUCAAUGGCAGUGGACCUGAUAAAGUAUCUCACGUAUCAGGCGUUGCGGCGGAGCGACCUAGCGACGGUCUCCUCAUCGCUCGAUCGAGCAGACGGUUUCAAUUUGAUCGACGAGCUUUCCAUCAUGCUUGAUGACCCGUCUAUGAAGGGUCUGAAGGUGAAGAUCGUUCUACUUCUGUACGAGGCUGAGUGGCUCAGAAUGGCAGCAAAAGCCGACUCUGCGGAGAGUGUCUUGGUCAAAUCAAUGAAAGCAAAGAGGGCACAAGCAAAGGGACGAAAGCAGACCGUGGCGAAACGUCUUGUCGGUCGCCCUAAGGCCGGAAGCGCCAUGUCUGUAUGCAAGGUUGCUUACAGGAGCCGAGAUCCGGCGGUGGCUCUGGAAACCACCGUGUUGCAUCGAACAUGGCGAUGGGAUUGGAGUAUUCUUGCUCAAUCGUGA